CAGCUGUCAGUGAGGCACCGCGAAUCAAUGUUGUAUGAUUGACCUAUUGUGUUUUCGUGAAAAAGCCUUCAAUUUGGAUGAUGAAAGCAAAAAACUCAUCUCUUAAUGAUUGCUUACGAGUGGAAGAAAGGAAAGUGAACUAAAACAAUUGCACUUACUAUGACUACUUCGGAACUGGAGAGCCGAAACGUCGCUAUUUCCAUGAGAAAAUCAGUGGAAAAUCUAGUGAUAUCGUCACAAGAUGCGAUCGGACAGAGUAUCAGCCAAGCUAUCAGUUUCUCAGGGGUGAUCACACAACCCAACCAGGGCUUACUGGAGAACAAAAACGUGUCUCGGUCGCCCUCCCCGUCGCUGCGACACACAGACAGUACGUUGGACAUCACAGAUAAUGAUAAAAGGAGUGAUAAAAGCGAUUCGUCUCUACAAGCGCAGUCACUCGGAAAUGAAGUGCCGGUCGGUAUUGACAUCGCUAAUUUAACACAAAAGGAUAAUUAUAAGGUACUAACAACCCCGCCUGCCUCUGCACAUACAUUCGUGACUCAAUGGCAAAUCAUCGGCUUCCUACUGAUUACUAUAAUAUUUUUAACUAAAUUAUUUAUGUACAUACAGUCCUCGAACUCCGGGUCUCGCUUGGACGGAGGAACGGUCCGAGCCAAAAAGAAGAGCUGGUACAACUCGCUGUACCCAACAUACAAGAGCAAAUGUGAGGACUUCAAGAGGCUCUUCAAGGAUUUGCCCGAUGAGGAGCGCCUCAUAGUCGACUACUCGUGUGCCAUCCAGCGAGAUAUCCUCGUCCACGGGAGGCUGUAUGCGUCUCAGAGCUAUCUCUGCUUCUACGCUAGCAUUUUUGGCUGGGAAACUAGCCUUACGUUACGAUGGAAGGACGUUACUGCUAUUACUAAGGAGAAAACUGCACUGGUGAUACCGAACGCGAUCCUAGUAUGCACGGAGUCGGAGAAGAACUUCCUGACGUCGUUCUCGGGCCGCGACAAGGCCUACCUGAUGCUGUUCCGCAUCUGGCAGAACGCGCUCAUGGACCAGCCCAUCUCCAGCCAGGAGAUCUGGCAGUGGGUACACACGUGCUACGGUGAGGAGCUUGGGUUCGAUUCUGACGAAGACGUACCUGACGCCAUCGCGGCACUAGACGUUCCUGAGGAAGCUGUCGACUCGUCGAUGGAGGUGGGUGGAGUGGGGAGCGGCACGGGGAGGGGAGCGGCCGACACGCCACCCUUGACAAACGGUGACACAGAGUUUCGUGAUAGAGAGGAAGAGGCCGGCGACACUCUGCCGACGGACAUGUCAGACACUAGCGACAGCGAACCAGAUAAGCACAACAACAAAGGCGAAGAUGAGAAGUGCACGGUGGCACACGAGGGGAAGCUGCUUCUCCAGGAGGAGUUUCCCUUUAACAUCGACCAGCUCUUCACCAUGAUCUUCACUAACUCCAAGUUCAAUCUGGAACUUCUGGCGGCCAGGGGCACCACCGACUACGUGCAGGCUCCAUGGCAACCACAGAAUGGCCUCAAAUGUCGACAAGUAAACUACACACUGAGCUUGACGUCUGGACCCAUGGGACCCAAAGAAGUACACGUCACUGAGACGCAGGUGAUGAACAAAUGCAGCCGGCCAGGCGCUGUGUACUCCAUCAACUGCACCAGCGAGAACGCCGGCAUCCCGUACGCCGACUACUUCAGCGUCCAGGCGCACUACUGCCUCGAGCGGCGGGGGGACGGCACCGCGCUGGCGCUGUACGGCCACGUUCACUACAAGAAGAGCAUGUGGCCCCUAGUCAAAGCGUUCCUGGAGAAGAACGCGAUCAACGGGCUGGAGGAGUUCGGCCGCCUGCUGGCCGCGCGCCUGCGCGCCGCCGCGCGCCCCGCGCCCGCGCCCACCGCGCGCGUGCGCCCGCGCCGCCGCCGCCGGGACGCAGCGGGCGAGGUGGGCGGCGCGGUGGCGCCAGCGGUGGGCGGCGCGCGGGCGGGCGGCUCGGGCGGCGUGGCGCGCUGGCUGCUGCUGGCGCUGGGCGCGCUGCUGCUGCUCAACGCGCUGCUGUACUGGCGCCUCGACCGCGCCGACCGCGCGCUCGACCUCGACCAUCUGCACUCCAGUAUAGAGAUGUGGUCACCGGCCCGCAGGAUGAGCUCGCUGUCGGAGGCGCAGGCGGCGCAGUGGGCGCGCGCGCUGGAGCGGCACUCGCGGCGCCAGCGCGGACAGCUGCUGGCCUGGCGCGCCGCGCUCGAGCGCGCCGUGCGCCUGCUCGCGCAGACGGAGCAAGCGUUGGCUAAACUUCUAGAGACGAUCAAGCCGGUGCUAGAGAGAGACGAGCCCGAGACGCGCGAGGAUCUUUGA